GUUGCGUAAUUGAAAAUAACGAUAGAUUCUUCCUUAAAGAGCGAUAAUAGAUUUCUCGCAAAAAAAGUCUCUCGCGUGUUUUAUCCGAGUCAUUCACGCGGAGGCAUGAUGUAAUCAUUGUUUUUCGAACGAUGCCGCUCGAACUCGCUCGCUCGUUUGCGCCACCGUCGCCGUCGACGAUGACGACGCCCGCUGCUCGGCAAGCGCAAAAAUCGAACUCGCUCGUCUUCUGUUAUCGACCGAAGUGCACGAACUCAUAAAUAACCUUAAUUUACACUCGAUGAAAAAGCCGGUAAAAAGUCUCACUUUUGCCGCGGGUCAAAAGUGCAUUAGCAAGAUUAUACAUAUAUCGUUCCUCGCGCGCCAUAGGAAGCCGCUUUUUGCCUACGGAGAACCGGCGGAGACCUCGACGAAUAUGCUAGAGGAUAUAUUCGAUAAAUAGCACGCUGUAAAAACGUUUAUCGCCUCUCGCACGUCGUUCGAUACUGUCAUAAAUAAUCGCCAGGAGGGGGAGGGGGGGGGAGAUACCUGGAGAAUACACCGUGAGAUUAGCGUGAGAUUAGAAUGCCAAGGGGUAGUAUCGACAUUUGCUGCGAUAAUCGAUACCGCGGGGAUCAUUAGAGAGCGACAGAUCGCUAUAAAACGAAAGAAAUCGUUCGCAGGAAUAUUUGCUACGACAAUUACGCGGAAAUGCAUAAAAUUGCAGCUUGACUACGACGUACACGCGCGAGACUCAAUAUAUGGAAAUCUUCGAAAGCGUGCAGCGAAUGGGAAAACAGAUCCGAUUUUAUAGAUUUAUGCACGAGAAAUAACUGAUUCUUUGUCUUUUUUGGCUUUUUCUUCUUCAUUUUUUCAGGAAAUCCUCGCGUCUAAUGCCUGUUUGCACUGUUGGCCCUAUAAAACGAAGUUACGGGCGCGCGCGAGUGAGCGAACGUUUCUCAAUUCGAUGGAAAAAAAGCGAGCAAAAAAAUGCAGUUUCUUUCGACGCACUGCAGUCCAUAUUUCGAUAACUUUUGAACAAAUUCGUUUUUUCCGCUUUUACACGUCGGGUUAUAUAUUUUUACACUUAGCAUUCAAAGAUUCUUCUGCGCAUACGCACAGAAAGUUUCACUUGAAAAUAUCAUAACGUCGUUCUCCUAGGAGAGAUUUACAUAGCAGCGAGCUCCUGAUAUCAUUUUCUGAUAUCAGCUUCUGAACAACCACCUCAUUAUUUCUUCAUUAUUAUACGUGUCUAUCCCGCUUUUUUCCCUGUCUCGAUAAUCGGAGUCGCUAAUUUGACCCUGAACCUCUCUCCCCGCAGAAUCGUCGCUGUAACUCGACUCGACUCGACUCGACUCGACUAGAGGUGAAGUGCGAUGUUGUCCAACAGUAUAGAGUACAAUGUGCAGCGCAACGAUAUUGUAAUGCGACGUAUCGACGAUAUCGGCUCGUUCAGCGAAUGGUAGUGGUGAGGAAAUUGCGCAAAUUUUUCCAACGAUCGGCGACGAUCACAUAUAUCUCGAGCAGUGAGAUCUUAGCAGCGAAACAGACAGACAUGGGAAGGUCCGUCUCGGUAGAGUGACAUCGAAUCCAUGUUUAAUCAUCUGAUCGGCACGCGCUACGAUGGUCGACAAUAUUUUCAGAACAAGUAUUCCGCGUUGUGUUAUGUUGGAACCAACGUUGUUGUUACGGCACCGCCGCGCCGGAAGUCCGUGAUGAAUAUUCAAGCGACGGUGCGCAACGAGCUUCACGUCGCACGUUCGUAGACACAGCGUAGAAAUUGGCACGACGUUUUGCCCUUUUUCCGUUUUUGUUUCUCGGGGUCCGAAUAGCCGCUCGGAUGAGAAGGUUCAAGGGACGAAGAAUUGCGUGGAUUCUUGAAGAGGUAUGUCGUACGAUUUGAACUCGUCGUCAUUGUCGCUGCCGCCAUCGGAGCAGAAGACGUCGGUGGACGCGAGGGACGAGUAUCUCGCCAAGUGGGAAAUCGCGGUGCUGACCAGUAUAUUUCUCAUCACCCUCAUUGGAAACGCCCUAGUCCUGUUCGCCCUCUACGUCCGGAGACGUUACCAGCGACACAAGUUCACCAGGAUGUACUUCUUCAUCCUGCACUUAAGCAUCGCCGACCUGUUGACUGGUCUGUUGGACGUUCUGCCGCAGCUCGCCUGGGACAUAACGUUCAGAUUUCAGGGCGGAGCGGUGCUUUGCAAACUGAUCAAAUUCGGCCAGCCGUUCGGCCUGUAUCUCAGUUCCUACAUCCUGACGGUAACCGCGAUGGACAGGUAUUACGCCAUUUGCCAUCCCUUCAGUUACUGCAACGUCACGUCCAGGAGAUCGAAAAUGAUGGUGUACGCCGCGUGGACGCUCGCCGUUGUGCUUUGUGUGCCGCAGAUCUUCAUAUUCUCGUAUCAGGAAAUAUCGCCGAACGUUUGGGAAUGUUGGGCUACGUUUCACUUGAAGUACGGCGAAAGGGCUUACAUCACCUGGUACAGCGUGACACAGUUCUUACUGCCUUUCAUCGUGCUGGCGUAUACCUACAUGAGAAUAUGCAUCUCGAUAUGGGCGAGCAGUAAGAUAUCGGGAGUGGUCGAUUUCAAGAAAGCCAGUUUUUCGCAGCGCAAUCGCGACCCCUUCAUCUCCAAGGCGCUGAUCAACACCGUGAAACAGACGAUCGUCGUGGUCACUCUGUACAUCGUCACCAGCAUUCCCUUCAUCGGAUGCCAGCUCUGGGCGACGUGGGACCCUAGAGCCGCGAUAUCGCCGUUUCUCACCGGAGCUGCCUUCACCAUUCUCUGUCUGCUAAAUAGCCUCACGAGCUGCGUCAAUCCGUGGAUUUAUUUCGCAUUCAACCGAGAAUUACGCGUCGCGUUGACAAACUUCUUCUGCAAGAGGAAGGAUUACUCGCUGGCCUACGACGUGAUCGCGCGACAGAACACGUCGGAUGCGCCUUCCAUCACGUCGUCGUUUAUCUCGAGAAUCUCGCGACUCGCGAGUUCAAAGAUAUUUGGAUGAAAACGGUACAAAAUGAAGUUUGCAUUUUGAGGAGGACUGUUUUGAAUAUAAAGAAUACGCUGUGAAUAGUUGAUGCGCGCGAUACAUACACAUACCACAUACCAUGUACACUGACAGAUGCAUAAACGCGUUCGAUACGACAGCGUCGAGACGUGCAAUAACUUUGUACGAGAAUUCUUCAAUGAAACUUGUUGAUAAAGCA